AUGGCGGACGCACUUUGCGGCCCGUCAAAUGCGCUGCAGAACUUCCAGAAGCAUACGUCCGUUGACCGCACCCUGCAGCAGGACCGUCUAGUCUCCAGGCAGCCUACAAAUCAGGGCUUCCGAUCACAAAGUGCACGGGAUGGCAUUCUGGACCCCGAGUUUGCAGCUUUCGAAGCUAGCCAUGGAGGCCUAGCAGCAAUGCCGGAUCUUCAACAUCCGGCUCACUUUGGACACCCUGUUCAGCAUCCGGCAACCGUGCAGUCGCAACCAAACUGGGCAUCUGACUUCCAGAACCUCCACAUCUCACAGCCGUCACCGCACCAAAUGCAGAGAGCACCGAUCGCAUCAUCUCAAACGGGAUGGCACAAUGAAUUCAUGAGCCAGCACCAACAGCCGCACUACCAGAAUGCGGGACCCCAGCAUGCUCAAGCCCAACAGUCUACCAACAUCCCAUUCCAGCCCUCUUUUGCACCGCAUAUGCCCAUCAUGCAUCAACACCAAGCGCCCGUGGCGAACGCAGUCCCGACAGAACAGUUUGACGAUUCAGCCUUUGAAGCAGCUUUUGAGCAGGCACGCGCCGAUAUGCAAGAAUUACAAAGCCCACAGCUUCCCCGAGAACCGGAAACUGUUUCCCAAAACCAAAUGACUCAGCCCGAGGAGCCCGUCGUACAGGAGCAGGAGAAAAUCACCAUUGGCUCCGAUACGAUACCCAAAGAUGAAACAGUGACGGCCAAUCAAGAUGCGGACGCUCUUGCACGCACUGCGGAGCAUCUUCUCAACAGCGUGCGACACGAAAAAGAUCAAAAAUUCCAACAAAGCAACUUCCUAGCUUUGAUGCGCCGAAUCCGCGAUCGGGAAGUGCGAGUGGAAGGAGAUGAGUUCCGCGAAACGGCACAAUCUCUCCAUCCCGGUGGUCCGUACUAUCCCGGGCAGUCUCCGGAACCAGCCCCAUCAUCCGACAGAGCUAACUCUUCACCAGAGAAUGUCUCUGAUGAAUGGCCGACUGUCGAAGAGGAAUCUCCUCGUCUGGGCACCAAUCCGGUGUCGCCUUUCUCCCCUGGCGAUAACAACGUUCUUUACGAGGGAUGGAUCAACAGCCACGGGCUGGUCGACCGGCAUCGCCCGAUCUUUUGCUUCCGAGGAGAUAGUGGUUCUUGA